AAAUCCCCAUCGCUUCGGACAUUAUUAGCUUAAAGUCUCCUCCUCCUUCACCUACCAUUCUCUUGUACCUCUUGACAGAGAGAGAGAGAGAGAGAGAGUGAAAUGACUUGGUCCGUCUUCAGAUCCAUAAACUCUCCAACUCUCGACCUCUCCGCCGCCCUUCGCUCCACUCGCUCUCCAUUGUUCGCCGCCGGUGCAGGCUGCGCAACACUCGCUGGUGUUUCUCUCUUCCGAAUGUCUUCGAGAUCUCCUCCUUUCGCUUCUCUCAGUGUCUCAGCUUCCGCUUCUGAGAAGAAGGAAGUUGUGGCGACAGAGAAAGCACCAGCUGCUUUGGGACCAUACUCUCAGGCCAUCAAAGCCAACAAUCUCGUUUUCGUUUCCGGUGUUCUUGGUCUUAUACCUGAGACUGGAAAGUUUGUUUCGGACAACGUUGAAGAUCAGACUGAGCAGAUACUCAAGAACAUGGGGGAGAUACUGAAAGCUAGUGGUGUUGAUUACUCCUCCGUGGUGAAGACAACGAUCAUGCUUGCUGACUUGGGUGACUUCAAGAAGGUGAACGAGAUUUACGCCAAAUACUUCCCUGCUCCUUCUCCAGCACGAUCCACGUACCAAGUCGCAGCUUUGCCACUUAACGCCAAGAUCGAGAUUGAGUGUAUUGCUACACUCUAGAACUCCAUCAAAUCUCCAGGAAGGGUUUUAGAUUCGGAAAUUGUGAGAACAAAUAAGAGGAAACCAUGGUUUUGGGGGCUUUAUCGUAUCAACCAUUAGGUUGGUUGCAAAACCCUAAACCCCCCUACUACCUUUAAUCAAGAAUAAGUGAUUGAUUUUAAGUGUUUUAUUUUAGGACUUUCCUGUGCUGUUGACUUAAUAAGUAUUGAGUACAAUAUUUGUCAGAUUAUCAUCGACUUUGGUUCCAUCUGAUGUUGGAAUUCGAAGUUUUAUUAGUUUCAA